CGAGGCGAGGAAAAGGGAGAAGGAAAAAAAGAAAAUCCCCCAAAUCCCAAGGCCUCUCUCGCUCGCUCGCCGCGGGUCGCUUUCGCCGGACACCACCGCCCCCGCCGCUUUCCCCUCCACCCCACUGCGCUCCUCCGCUCCUUUGGCACGCCCCCACCCCGCCCCAAUUCCCCACCGGGAAUCGCACAACCGGUGGCGGCGGCGGAAGCAGAGCAUCUGCCAUCUGCUUCCCCCCCUGCCGUGUCCCCGCGCGGGGGGAGGCGGGCCCGCUUGCGGCGGCGGAUCGCUGCCUCGCCUCGCCGCAUUCUCAUGAUGUACCAUGCAAACAAGUUCUCUGUACCCUUUGGACCGCAGAGUGUGCAGAGUGAUCAUAUGAGCGAUAUUGGAGCUUUCGGUGGGUCAAACAUGAGAGGCGCUGCUAAUCCUGCAGGGAAUGGGAAACAACGUCUACGUUGGACCUCAGAUCUCCAUAACCGCUUUGUGGAUGCCAUCGCUCAGCUUGGCGGACCUGAUAGAGCAACACCUAAAGGGGUUCUCACUGUAAUGGGUGUGCCUGGGAUCACAAUUUAUCAUGUGAAGAGCCAUUUGCAGAAAUAUCGCCUUGCAAAGUACAUACCAGAAUCUCCUGCUGAAGGAUCGAAGGACGAAAAGAAGGACUCUAGUGAUUCACUCUCUAACACAGAUUCUGCACCAGGAAUGCAAAUCAAUGAAGCUCUGAAGAUGCAGAUGGAGGUCCAGAAGCGACUCCAUGAACAACUUGAGGUGCAAAGGCAGCUGCAGCUGAGAAUUGAAGCACAAGGGAAGUACUUGCAGAUGAUAAUAGAGGAGCAGCAAAAGCUUGGUGGAUCACUUAAAGCUUGUGACCAGAAUCUAUCUCAUUCACCACCAAGAUUAGAUGACUACCCAGAUAGCUUGCAGCCAUCUCCAAAGAAACCCAAGAUGGACAGCCUGUCGCCAGAUUCAGUACGAGAUGUGGCACAAUCAGAUUUUGAAUCCCAUUUGAUCGGUCCAUGGGAUCAAAACAUAUGCGAUGCCACGCUCCAAGUGGAUGAAUUCAAAGCUGACCCUGGUCUGAACAAGUCAUAAAACAAAGCCUCCCUAGUUGGAAGUUCUUCCAAGAUGUUAACCUCUACUGCGGGCCGAUCGCAUGUGAAUAUAUAUCCUCUUUAACAACAGAGCCAACACUGUAAGGGUCUUUGGAUCCACAUCUGAUCCCAUCAUCGCCACGGCCAGGUGGUGUUGUCACUGUAGUAUUCAUCAUCAUCAUACAGCUCUUGUAAUUAUCAGGAUGUCCCUAAAGCCCUAGCAAGCAUUUCCUUCUUUUGAAGGAAACUGCCCUGAGUUGAAUCAUGUAGCCAGAAAGAGUACACGUUUACACGCAAUACAUUUGCUGUGAAGAGGGUGCCUCCCUGAGGUUUAUAUGUGAAUGAUUUGUGCUAGAUUCAUAACUAGGAUUUGGCUUU